AUGAAACAAGUUAUCGUCUUUUCACUUGUAAUCUGCUUUGUAAUUUUACCUUCUAUAUUGUAUUUAACGACAAGAGUUCCCGUUAAUUCAGAUGAAUUGAAUAAAUUUGACGGUGUAAAUCUGUCUUCCAAAUUUCGAGUCUCUACAGAAAAAAGUCGCGGACCUGUCAUUAUGCCAGCUCUAAACAAUUCAACUUUAAAAGCUGAACUCGGACGUAGUACCUGGAAGCUUCUACAUACGAUAACGGCACGUUUUCCUGAAAAACCAACGGAAAAUGAAAAGGAUGCUUUGAGAAAUUAUGUUUAUCUAUUUAGCCGACUUUAUCCAUGCGGCGAAUGUGCCACGGAAUUUCAAAAAAUUUUGGAAAAAUAUCCCCCGCAAGUUUCUUCCCGCGAAGCGGCCUCACAAUGGAUGUGUGCAAUCCACAAUAUAGUUAAUAAACGGCUUAAAAAGGAGCAAUUCGAUUGUGCUCAGAUUGCUGAUAAAUACAAAUGUGGAUGCGAUGACGAUGAAACAAAUACAACUACUAGUCUCUCAUUAUAA